AGAGAGAGAGAGAGAGAGAGAGAGAGAGAACACUGCUAUUAAUCUGAGAGACGCACUCUUCUAGUACAGCGUCAGUCUGCUUCAGUCACGUUUGCCUUUACAUCACACGGACUUCGCAACCAGACUCUAUACAGUUCGACACAUCUGCAAGACUAUAAAGCUAGCUAUCUCCAGGUCUCUCCUCUCCCGGUCAGGAUGUUGGUCAUUCUUGCUUUGAUUAUCCUCUUCCACGUGGUCUCAGCUGUCCUGCUUUUCAUCUCCACGAUAAACAAUGCUUGGUGGACAUUGGGUGAGAUCUCUGUAGAUCUGUGGCAGAUGUGCAAUGGGACCAACCCUUGCACAGCAACAAAUGCCAAAGCCUAUGAGGGCUUUGUUCAGACUGUCCAGGCCUCCAUGAUUCUGUCCACCAUUCUGUGCUGUGUCGGGUUCUUUGUGUUCAUCCUCCAGCUCUUCCGUCUGAAGCAGGGAGAGCGAUUUGUCUUCACGGCCAUCAUCCAGCUCCUGUCCUGUCUCUGUGUCAUGACUGGAGCUUCAAUUUACACUGCUGAGCAUUUGAACUUCCACAGUGACUUGAAAGAUGGGGAGUAUGGAUCUUCCUUCAUUUUAGCCUGGCUCGCCUUCCCUUUCACCCUGUUCAGCGGGCUGAUGUAUCUAGUGCUGCGGAAACGCAAAUAAACAAGCGCAGCCACGCCCUCCCACCAGGAACAACCAAUCACAACUAGCAGAGGCCAAAGCCAAAUACAUACAUUUUGUAUAUAAUAGUUAUUAGUUUUUUUUUUUUUUUUUUUUUUUUUUUACUAUUGAAGAUACAUUCAUUGACAGAAAAUAAAUAUUAAGACUGCAAAAAACAUCUAUCUCUAUAUUCACAAUAGCAUACUGGAAUUAUAUAUAUAGAUAUAGCAAUACUGUAUUUGGAUUUACAUUAAAAAAAAAAAAAAAUGUAUUGUUUAACUAGACCCUUCAUUGAACCGAGCAUUUGCUUAAUUAGACCUUUUGAAUUGUUCACAGCUCCUAAAAAGUUGCAGAGUCCCAAGUUACUGAAAUCUGUAACUGUUUAAGAGCUGAAAACAAUUAAAAAUGUCUAAUUAAGCAAAUGAUCGGUUCAAUGAAGUGUCUAGUUAAGUAAUUGAGAGCUCAGCUGGAAUGAAAACCAGCAGGCACAGGGGGUCCCCAGUUGAUCAGUCAGUCUUAAUGACGCUCAGUUGAAGUGUUAAGCAGUCACAUUCACCAACCAGACAGUAAUUCUAUCACUGGACCGGUCAGCUCUGCUUUUAUUGGAAAGCGUUUUGAUCUCAACCCGGUCUUGAUUAUAUUAAAAGGCCACAAGCAAACAAAAACAAAAGACUUACUUGAAAAUGUUCUUUGUCAACGUUGUUGUUGUUUUUUUUUGUUGUUGCAAUGUUAAUGUGCAGUUUUACCGAGUUAGCAAACAGCUGGCAGGAUUGCCCCAUCAGGGUCCAUCUCUACCUCUGUCAUGUCACACAGCAGGAUGGGUCAGCUGUUUAUUUAAUUCUACAAUGCGGUUGCUUUGCCGUGGCUGUAUUUGAAAUAAAGCCCAGUGCUUUGAAAAUGAAAACUCAUUCAGAAGCCAAGAGCUUCAUGUUAAACUAAUACAAAUCCACUUUGUGCAGUGCUCCCUACAGACUGGCCUGCUUAUUCAUUAAAAUUAUUCCAUGGAACCUAGCAAUACUUUGCAAUCUUUUAUUACAGUGGUUAUUGGAGUCCAAGUAUGGAACAAAAAAAAAAAAUUUAACUUAAAAAAAUAAUAGUGUAAUAAUCAACACACUGGAAACAUCCUUGUUUUCAUUGGUUUGAAAAGACGAUUGCAGAUAAGAGGCAGACGGAACCUUGACCUUUUCUCUGUCUCAAUACAUAAGAA